GAAUUCCAUGCAUGUAAUUUAGUUUCCGUUUCUUCUUGCGUUCCUUUGUAUUUGUGCUAAAUCAGCGUUUGCCACCUCCCCCCCCUCUCUCUCUCUCUCUUCACUCCAUUGUAAACCUCUCCUUCUUCACGCCGCCUCUCUUUCUCUUCUGUUUCUGGGUUAUCUUCUCUUCACCCUCCACCAUGCCCUCUUCUUGUCUCUAAUGACGCCUCUUCUAUCAGUGAUUGCAUGCGUAAACCUUUCACAAUUGGCGAUAUGAAGGAAGGGAGAACUGAGCUGGAAUUUGAUGAAUUUGAGAAACUUCUUGGUGAGAUACCAAUUGCUACUUCUGGGAAACCACAUUCUGAUGACACUGGGCCAAAGAUGGUGUCUUUCGAGGGAAGUUUGUCUCCUAUCAGCCAAGGGCCUAUCAGUGAGAAACUCCAAAACUUUGGGAGUUUAGGUGACAGAAAAAUCUCAUCGAAUGUAACUAAGCAAUUACCCAUUAUAAGGAUUCAACCAGAGGAAAUGAAUCUGCCCGAUGAUCAGUCCUUGACAUCUGCAUUUGCAGGAUUGAGCUUUACUGAUGGUGUGACAGCGGAAGUUGGUGGUCCUUUGGCAGAGAAUAAAUCCUUAGAGAAUUGCUCCAUUUUAUUGGAUGGCCACCAUCUAAAGGACUUAAAGAAACCUAAUUCUAAUGUGGAUCCAAAUGUGAGGGCUAUACUUUCUCUUCAAUAUCCAAAAAAUGUACCUUGUGGUUUCGACAAGGUUGGUGAGACAAAAACUGGCCAGGAAAGUUCAAAUAUGUUAAAAUUCAAUGCUGAAGAACUUGAGAAGCGCCAAGUAGGCUAUCGCCAGCAAUUUGAAAAUUUAUCUGCUACUGCACCAUUGGCUCAUGCAGUGCAAGGCCUCCAGUUCCUCUCUCAUGUGCCGGUCCACCAUGGUGUGCAGUUUCCUGCAAUGCCUGAUCAGCAACAAUUUUUCCUGGAUGCACAUUCUCUGCAGCCUUAUUUUCAUCCGCAGCAAAUAAACGAGCCUCAGAUAAGUUGGAGGAAUAUAGAAGAGGAACAAUAUUGUAGGAUACAUCACCAAUACCUUUACUUGCAGCAUCUUCCCAUUCAGAGGCUAGAAGCUCAGCAUCCUAUUCAAGACCAAGGGAAUUUUACAACUAGACUGACAAGUGAGAACCUGAGGGAGCCAUUUGUUGAGGUGCCAAUCUCUUGCCAACUUGAAAAUUCUCGACAGGAAUCAUUUUGGAACAAUAGUGCAGACUACAGGAGCUUAAACCUACCGAAUCCUGCCAUGUCUUUCCCAAAUUUUAGUGCAAUGCCAGUUUUGGACAAAGUGGCAAAACAUAAGUUCCCUGAAAAAAUCCUGACAAGAUCACAUGGAACAAACACCCAAGAAAAUGUGAAGUUUGGCUCUGUGAGUAAGAAUGAAUCGCUAACCCGUGUCAGCCGAAAUGAGGAGGCUCUCUCAAAUCAUCAUCAUUGGCAUGACUUUUCUAUUCCAAGGACCAAAGGCUUUCAGUUGGAUAGUUUGAGCUUGUGGGGUUUGUCAACUGAAGAUGCAGAUCUUAAAAGCACUUAUCUGAAGCCAGUGCCUCAGAAAUGUUACUCUGUUGAUGAAGCCACUGGCAGAAUAUAUCUCAUGGCCAAAGACCAACAUGGUUGCCGCUUCUUGCAGAGAAAAUUGGCCGAGGGCACCCCCACAGAAGUUGAAAAGAUUUGUUUUGAGAUCAUUGAUUAUGUUGUUGAGCUCAUGACAGAUCCUUUUGGAAAUUACCUAGUACAGAAACUGCUUGAAAUUUGUGAUGAUGAUCAGCGGAUGCAAAUACUUCAUACAAUCACUAGAAGAUCUGGGGAACUUGUUAGGAUUUCAUGUAAUAUGCAUGGGACUAGGGCUGUUCAGAAGGUCAUUGAGACCCUCAAGACUCCAGCGCAGUUCUCCAUGAUUGUUUCCUCACUGAAGCCUGGUAUUGUGACUUUAAUAAAAAACAUUAAUGGCAACCAUGUUGCACAGCGCUGCUUGCAGUGUCUAAUGCCUGAAUGUACUGAGUUCCUUUUUGAAGCUGCAACUGCUAAUUGUGUUGACCUUGCAACGGAUCGCCAUGGUUGUUGCGUGCUUCAAAAAUGCCUUAGCCAUUCUGAUGGUGAGCAGAGACGCCGUUUAGUUUGCGAGAUAACAUCAAAUGCUCUGAUACUCUCCCAAGAUCCAUAUGGGAAUUAUGUCGUGCAGUAUGUGUUCAGUCUACAACUUCCGUGGGCAACAGUAGAUAUUCUUAACCAAUUGGAGGGUAACUAUGCGGACUUGUCCGUGCAGAAAUUUAGCAGUAAUGUGGUCGAGAAAUGUCUGAACUAUGCAGGUGAAGACCACCAACCUCGUGUCAUCCAAGAGCUGAUUGAUAAUCCUCGGUUAGAUCAAAUUAUGCUAGAUCCUUAUGGAAAUUAUGUUAUCCAAGCAGCUUUAAGUCAGUCAAAGGGAGCUCUUCAUAAUGCUUUAGUGGCUGCCAUAAGACGCCAUGAUCCUGUGCUUCAGACGAGCCCUUAUGGGAAGAAAGUCCUCUCUAGUUGCGGUUUGAAGAAAUAAAUUGUCUGGCUGUUGAAGAAGAUCUUGUAUAUUAUGUAAUAAGCAAGUGAAGUAAAGGUUUGAGCUGGGUUUUAUGGCUUGUGAAUUUCGGAACUCAAAACCCUGACUUAAAGAGAAACAGGUCAAUGAUGCCUUUAAAAGCUCAUCUAAAUAGAUGGAAGGUGAAUUUCUCAUGCUAGGCAUUUAUCUUUUUGGUGUUUGGCAAUAGAUUGCCACGAUUAGACCUUGUU